UUGACGAGAGCUUCAACAACCUCUUAUUUGGCGCCGUGUCUGGCAAUUGGUCCGGUAAGUCUUCGUGUCUUCUUCCUCUCUUUUUCAAAAAGGUGAACAAAACCCAGGGCAUCGUUACAUCGAAACUUGUAAGGUAUUUUCCUUCUUGACACGAUUCAAUGCUAACUGAAAACUCAGUUAAAAGAAAAAGAUUAAGCCAAAGCAAAGUUAGAAAUUGUCAGAGGAACUAUAAUAUUUACAUUUAACGGAUACCAAUUUCCCCCUCAACUAAUCCAUCAACUCUAUUUAUUUCCCUUUCCCUUCGCUUUCGCUACCUUCAUCUUCGCUAUUUAUUUUCCCCUUCAAUCCAACGUCCGUAGUUAACUACAUUACCAAAACCAACCUCACUUCAAACUUCGCCCUUCUGACACAUCCCUUAGGGUUUUCAUUUCCCCUUCCGAUUUCUAUGGACCUUCCGAUUCUCAGGAAGUGUCUCGAUUUUUCUCGAAGAAACAAAAACUGGCUUCUCCUUAUUGCCGCGUUCGGAGCUUCAGGUUACGGCGCAUAUAAGGCCUACAAUUCACCGUAUCUAGCUCAGAAGCGGAAACGUUUCGUGAAGCUCCUCAGAGCCUUCGUUUCUGUUGCCGAGUUAAUUUCUAAUUCUGCGGACACUGUCAAUCUAAUCUCCAAUGAUUUGAACCAAUUCCUCGCUUCAGAUUCCGAUCAAAUCCCUAACAGUUUGAAACAGUUAUCGAAACUCGCAACCUCGAAUGAGUUCUCCGCUUCGCUGGCUAGGGUUUCUGAGGCUCUAACGCUUGGGAUUUUGCUAGGGUAUAAAAGACAGGCGAGUGACGAUAACAAUCGCUCUGAGAUCAGCGCCGAUUUUUCGGAUAGGGUGUUGGAGAAGCUUUUCUCGAAGGCUGGAACUGGUUUUAUGUCCGUUGUGGUUGGAAGCUUCGCGAGGAACUUGGUUUUGAGUUUCGUCAAUGCUGAAUCGGUGGGUGAUAGAGUGAAUGAGCGAUCUCAAUUGGACGUUCCUGGAUGGGUGAAUGUGAUUUGCGAUGAAAGGUGUGGGAAGCUUAUAGGGGAUUGUGUACAGGUUUUUGUGAGCACUGCGGUUGCUGUUUUUCUUGAUAAAAGUAUGGAUGUCAAUACCUACGAUGAAAUGUUUGCUGGAUUGUCGAAUCCCAAGCACCAGGAGAAGGUGAAGGGCGUUCUGGUUUCUGUGUGUAAUGGUGCUGUUGAAACUUUUGUUAGGACGUCUCACCAGGUGUUGACAAAUUCAAGUGUGCGGUCGAAUUCGAGUUCAUCUGUGGCUUCUGUUGUUCCCAUGAGUGAGGAUGGGUGCCUAAAGCAUGACGCAUUGCUUCAGCAGCUCAGAAUUGGAAGCUCGGUUAGUCAAGUUCAGGAUGUUCGGUGGCUCGAUCAGAUUAAGUCGACACUUUCGGUGCCAGCUAACCGAAGGUUUGUGCUUGAUGUCACAGGGAGAGUGACUUUUGAAACGGUGAGGUCAUUCGUGGCAUUCUUUUUAUGGAGAAUAUCGGAAGGGUUCAAGAAGAGUGUCAGUAAAGUCCAUGAUGAGGUUGUGGAUAAAGGACUGGAAGUGGUUAAAUUUGUUGGAGCUAAGUCAUCAGUUAUUCUUACAUUGUAUCUUGCUUUGUAUUUGCAUAUUAUGGGUGGUAGUAGUAUUCUCUUGCCAGCUUAGCAUGAUGAUUGAUCCCCCCUUAAUUGUAAUGCAGUUGGAAUUUAAUGGAAAAUGGAAACAACAUUAGCUCUUUAAGUCUGUUGACAUAAAUAAAUAUUUCCAACUAUUAAAAUUGCGGUCAUACUUUAGUGGGCGAAAAGAAUUUUGCAUGUAAUCUUCAAGUUACCACUCUUAGAGCCUGUUUGAUUACACAUUUAAGGUAGUGUAAUUGAUUUUAACAGAAAGAUGGUGCCUGCAUAUUUUUUUAACAAAAAUAUACACCAAAUUAGUUGAAUGGUAGUGAUAAUUUUCCACCGCCAACGGAAUCGAUUCUGCUUUUAAUACAAACAGGCUCUUAGUCUUUGUCCGUUCCCUCCCCCCAAAAGAAAGGGCAGUAGUUUGAGCCAUUUUUUUGCUCAAAUUUACAUUGCUUCAGUGCAUUGCUGGAUGCAUGAAACACAAGAUGUCCAAAAAUUGGAGUAACUUUUUAUACUGCUCUCUUGAAAGGAAACAAAUAAGGUGUCUGGAUACACGCUAAAACCAAGGAAAUGUACAGUGAACAUAUAGAAGCUACUCCUUGGAGCGAUAAAAAAUGCAUGUGUGAGAUCAAUGGAUGUGUACCCAAACACACAUAAAGUAAGCUGCUCUAUCAUUGUAAUGUUUAAAGUAUAUUCAUCUGCAGAGUUUGUGAAUGAUAUUCUUCCAAUUUAACCUUGCUUCCUCACUCUUUGUAAUUUUAUUCCUCCUUCAGAAGAUAAAAGAAAAACAAUUUUGAAUACAUUUAUUUGUUUUUUAUAUGACAAAUUGAUAAUAAUAUUUGGUUGAAUAUGUUGCUUUCUUUUUCUAUAUAAUUUAGUGAUUACAUAGCAGACUUGACUUUCUGAGACUGCUGACUGGAGCUGGCCGCUGUGGUAUGUAUCUGACUAAUUUUAAGAUUGUUGAUUUAGUCAGGUGAGUUUAGCUUCACUUAUAUUUAAGAUCUGGGUUUGAAUCCAUUUCUCUUUGUUGAGAAUUCCUGAUUCUUAUGCAUGAGACUUGGUUUUGCCAAUAGCCAUAAGAACUACAAACUGCAUAUUUAAUGUAAUAUAGGUUAGCAAAAUAACAAGUUUUGUGGCAAGCUUGAAAUAAGAAUUGCUUUUGAUAUGGAUGUUGGUUAGCAAAGAUUUCCAAAGAUCUAUCUUUGAUUGCUAUGAUUCUAAUCAACAUUUGUGUAAAGUUGACAUUUUAUUUUUUAGUUAGCAAACAUGAGAUCGUUGAUUUUGCUGCUGAUACUAAGUAGGUCUUUGAAAGGGAAAAAAUAUAUGAAGAAACAAAACAUCUAUGCUAACUUCCAUAUUUUGAAAAGAUUUGGUUUCAACAGAUUAUUGACAAUUUAUCUGGAAAAAGAUUUGGUUCUAACUGUGUUAACACAAUUUAUUUGAGUUCUUCUUUUGGAUGGACUAAAUCUAAUGUGCCCUAAAUCAUGAUGCAUUGUUUUCUGACAAGAAUAUCACAAUCAUAAGCAUAUGCACACUAACGAGAACACCAAGAGCAUAUGCAUGCUUUAAAUUCUUUACAUCGUUGUUGAUAUAUACUAAUCAGUAUUGUCCGUUUCAUGUACUAGAUAGAGCUUCCAAUGGUUUCUUUGAUAUUAGGUUAACAUGCCUUAUUAUAUGAGAGUAGUUUUCCAUUUAAUCGCUUCUGAUGUUGUUGUGUUUCUCUUUCUGAGUAUCUAAACCUUUACAAUCAGAGUGUUAUCUCUGUGGUACUUCACCAUUCUUGACUGUUAUACGCCUAAAAAUGGGCCAGUUGUCUUCUAUUCAUGAAACUCUUUCCAGCAAUGGACCAGUAGGUUUUGAAGUUGUCAUCAAAGCUCUUGCUCUAUCCAGUUGAAUAAAUGAU